AUGCUGCGGCAGGUUCUGCACAGGGGCUUGAGGACGUGUUUCUCCCGGCUCGGCCACUUCAUUGCCAGUCACCCUGUCUUCUUCGCCUCGGCGCCGGUGCUCAUCUCCAUCCUGCUCGGCGCCAGCUUCAGCCGCUACCAGGUCGAGGAGAGCGUGGAGCACCUGCUGGCGCCCCAGCACAGCCUCGCCAAGAUCGAGCGCAACCUCGUCAACAGCCUCUUCCCGGUCAACCGCUCCAAGCACCGGCUCUACUCGGACCUGCAGACCCCUGGGCGCUACGGCCGGGUCAUCGUCACCUCCUUCCAGAAAGCCAACAUGCUGGACCAGCAUCACACCGACCUGAUCUUAAAGUUGCAUGCUGCUGUGACCAGGAUCCAGGUUCCAAGGCCUGGAUUUAAUUACACAUUUGCUCACAUAUGUAUCCUGAAUAACGAUAAGACUUGCAUCGUGGACGACAUAGUGCAUGUCCUGGAGGAGCUAAAGAAUGCUCGGGCCACCAACCGGACCAAUUUUGCUAUCACGUACCCGAUCACUCACUUAAAGGACGGGAGGGCAGUUUACAACGGGCACCAGCUUGGAGGCGUCACCGUGCACAGCAAGGACCGAGUGAAAUCCGCAGAGGCUGUCCAGCUCACCUACUACCUGCAGUCAAUCAACAGUCUCAACGACAUGGUGGCAGAGAGGUGGGAGUCCAGCUUCUGCGACACCGUCCGACUGUUCCAGAAAUCUAACAGCAAAGUCAAAAUGUACCCUUACACGUCCUCCUCACUGAGGGAAGAUUUCCAGAAGACCAGCCGCGUAUCAGAACGUUACCUGGUCACCAGCUUGAUCCUGGUGGUCACCAUGGCCAUCCUCUGCUGCUCUAUGCAGGACUGCGUCCGCAGCAAACCCUGGCUGGGCCUGCUCGGGCUGGUGACCAUAAGCCUGGCCACUCUCACUGCGGCCGGGAUCAUCAAUCUUACUGGUGGGAAAUACAAUUCCACCUUCCUGGGAGUCCCUUUCAUCAUGCUAGGUCAUGGAUUAUAUGGGACUUUUGAAAUGUUAUCCUCCUGGAGGAAAACUAGAGAAGACCAACACGUUAAAGAGAGAACUGCAGCAGUCUAUGCAGACUCCAUGCUCUCCUUUUCUCUCACCACUGCCAUGUACCUGGUCACCUUUGGCAUAGGGGCCAGCCCUUUCACAAACAUUGAGGCAGCCAGGAUUUUCUGCUGCAAUUCCUGUAUCGCAAUCUUCUUCAACUACCUCUAUGUACUCUCGUUUUAUGGUUCCAGCCUGGUAUUCACUGGCUACAUAGAAAACAAUUACCAGCAUAGUAUCUUCUGUAGGAAAGUCCCAAAGCCCGAGGCAUUGCAGGAGAAGCCCGCAUGGUACAGGUUUCUCCUGACGGCCAGGUUCAGCGAGGACACAACUGACGGCGAGGAAGCGAACACUUACGAGAGUCACCUAUUGGUAUGUUUCCUCAAACGCUAUUACUGUGACUGGAUAACCAACACCUAUGUCAAGCCUUUUGUAGUUCUCUUUUACCUUAUUUAUAUUUCCUUUGCCUUAAUGGGCUAUCUGCAGGUCAGUGAAGGGUCAGACCUUAGUAACAUCGUAGCAACGGCGACACAAACCAUCGAGUACACUACUGCCCAGCAAAAGUACUUUAGCAACUACAGUCCGGUGAUUGGGUUUUACAUAUACGAGUCUAUAGAAUACUGGAACACUAGUGUCCAAGAAGACGUGCUAGAAUACACCAAGGGGUUUGUGCGAAUAUCCUGGUUUGAGAGCUAUUUAAAUUACCUUCGGAAACUCAAUGUGACCACUGGCUUGCCUAAGAAAAAUUUCACAGACAUGUUGAGAAAUUCCUUCCUGAAAGCCCCCCAAUUUUCACAUUUUCAAGAGGACAUCAUCUUCUCUAAAAAGUACAAUGAUGAGGUUGAUGUAGUGGCCUCCAGAAUGUUUUUGGUGGCCAAGACCAUGGAAACGAACAGAGAAGAACUCUAUGAUCUCCUGGAGACCCUGAGGAGACUUUCCGUCACCUCCAAGGUGAAGUUCAUCGUCUUCAAUCCGUCCUUCGUGUACAUGGAUCGAUACGCCUCCUCUCUGGGAGCCCCCCUGCACAACUCCUGCAUCAGUGCUUUGUUCCUGCUCUUCUUCUCGGCAUUCCUGGUGGCAGACUCUCUGAUUAAUGUCUGGCUCACUCUAACGGUUGUGUCCGUGGAGUUUGGAGUUAUAGGUUUCAUGACAUUAUGGAAAGUAGAACUGGACUGCAUCUCUGUGCUAUGCUUAAUUUAUGGAAUUAACUACACAAUUGACAACUGUGCUCCACUAUUAUCCACCUUUGUUCUGGGCAAGGAUUUCACAAGAACGAAGUGGGUAAAAAAUGCCCUGGAAGUGCAUGGGGUAGCUAUUUUACAGAGUUACCUCUGCUAUCUUGUUGGUCUGAUUCCUCUUGCAGCUGUGCCUUCAAAUCUGACCUGUACACUGUUCAGGUGCUUGUUUUUAAUAGCAUUUGUCACCUUCUUUCACUGCUUUGCCAUUUUACCUGUGAUACUGACUUUCCUGCCACCCUCUAAGAAAAAAAGGAAAGAGAAGAAAAAUCCUGAAAAUCGGGAGGAAAUUGAGUGUGUAGAAAUGGUGGAUAUCGAUAGUACCAGAGUGGUUGACCAAAUUACAACAGUGUGA